CUUGAGCGUGCCAUCACAUUGAUUUCAGAUGGCGAUAUCAAAGUCAAGGACAUCUUAGCAUCAACCUCAGCACACAGCAAGUUGAACAUCAAGCUUCCCAAAGUACUCAACAAGGUCACUGGGAAGGUGACAAGCGCUCCGUAUCUGUUUUCACGUGAUCUCUGGGGUAAAGCGAACACUGGGUACAUGAAGAGCAUCAAGAAGAAGGGCCUGGACUUCGUCGAAACCACAGUAGACAUGGCG